GUUUGUCCUUGAGAUAGCCGACGACAAAGAACGGUAGGAGUAGUAACAUUAUACAGACCCGUAGUAGCUGAAAGCAGCAUCAUUGUCACUAUGGCGGAGUUAUCGUCGACAAUCGAAGAAGAAUUUCUAACAUGUAAGAUAUGCCUAGAGGUCUACGUUGAGCCUAAGGUUUUGCCUUGCCUCCAUACAUUUUGUCUUGGUUGUAUAAGCCGUCACUUCGAGAAAACACGGAAAGGAUGCAAGGCAUGUUGUCCCCUUUGUCGGACAAUGUUUGAAGUACCAGACUGCCAGCCCAUGAAUAUGAAAACGAACUUUUAUAUUAACAGUUUGGCUGAAGUUAUUGGUGCAAAAAAGAACAGUGCUAAACACUGCUCGUUUUGUGAGAUGAAGAACGUCGUUUCUGCCUCUAGAUGGAUAUGCAUUCAGUGUAUGGACUUCCUUUGUGAGACUUGCAAACAAAAUCAUCAGGGAACACGACUGACAUUCAACCAUCAAACAAUAUCGAUUGAACAGCUUUUGACAGGUGAUUAUGACCAGGUUAUCCGAAAAAGAACGGAUAUCACUUGCUCCGAACAUGAGAACGAGAAAGUCAGAUUCUUCUGUGAAACUUGCCUUAUAACAGUUUGUCGUGAUUGUGUCCUUUUGAAGCACAAGGAUCAUACAUAUCGUUCGCCUGCUGAUGCAAUGCAGGAUAGACGUGAGGAAAUGGUUAGAAGUUUGAGGGCAGCAGAAGAUCAAGUCAAUACUCUAGAAGAAAAUCAGACCUUUAUUACCGAGUCAUUGUCAGAUUUAAACAAGUCAGAAAUAUGUCAAAUUACGUCUUUAAAAUCAUUUGGUAAAAUGUUGAAAGAUGCUAUUGAUCAAAAUAUGGAGGAAACAGAGAGGAAGAUCAGAGAGACAUCUGAAGAGUCGAGGGGAAAGCUUACUGAACGAAGUAAGAGUAUCGCUCUCGAAGCUCAAGUGCUAAAAGAACCCCUCGAACUCUGCAAAGAUCUCCUAGAGAAUGGGCGAGAUGAGGAGAUUCUGUACUUUCGCGAAAGCUUCAAAGAGGUCCUACAAAACCCCAACACACAUGGAUCCCCGAGGUCCGAUUUACCUUGGGAAAGGGUCGAAAUUGUUUUGUCAGAAACUAUGGUACAGCUGGUAAAGGAAAAAUCCAUUCAAAUCAAUCAGAAGCAACAAAUCUUCAGCGAGAACAGAUCCCAGUGUAUAGAGAUGCAAAUAACUGAAGACAACAAUCACAAGGAUACUCCGCAAAGUUUGUCUGACAGAAGUUAUUCAUCAGUAAUUCAACCCAGUUCAUCAACACAACGCCAGGUAAACAGUGGGAUCUAUCGUCUUAUAAACACAUUUAACUGUUACAUAGGAUGCAAAACUGAAUUUGUUCCGGAACCAACUGGUGUAGCAUGGAUUUCAAGUCGUCAAAUCGCUGUUUGUGAUGGAGAAAACAAGCAACUAAAAGUGUUUAAACGGAACGGUCAUACAGAUUGGUUUGUUGAUAUUGAAACUACACCGACUGGUAUAUCUGUUGUGGAAAACAAGAUCGUAGUGGCAGUACCAUACGGCGUGUUGAUUUAUCAAAAUGGCACGAGAACCGGAGUAAUCACGUGUAAGGUUGACACAUUCCGUCACGUUGCAUCAUCCUCCUUGGACAUUCUCCUAUUUCCGACAGAUGGUGAAGAGGUGAGAAGAUACGAUAGCAAAGGAAAAAGACGCGGAACGAUUAUGUUGGAAACGCCCUUGCAGCCACUGACAGUAUCUUGCAACGAUGAAUUAAUAGUUGUAUCAGACAAGCGGAGUUCUGAACCUCUGAUGUUUAACUACAAUGGUGAAAAGCUGAGAAGUGUCCAACGGAACAAAGCUAACUGGCUGGCCGAUGCACACUGUUUACAGAAGGACAGGGUACUAUUGGUGAAUAAGCAGUCGAGCAAGGUAGUGAUCCUCCAAGACGGAGAAAAAUACCUUGGAGGAUGGUCAACAGAACCAGAAAUUACACGUCCUUCCUGUAUUGACUACCAUUCCGACGGCCUCUUGGUUAUUGGCGGAGCUGGUGGAAAUAUUGCUGUGUAUCAAUUUCUGUGAAACAACAUUUUGUGGAGCAUCAAGCUCUACCAAUGUAGGGGGCACGUGUACUUAUAAAACAGAUAUAAGGAACAUUUAUAUAAAUGUCUCAUGCCUCACUCAGCGUUUCGUAAUCUAUCAUAUUCCUGGGCCCACUUGUAUAAAACAUCUCAAAGUUAAGGAAAAUCUCAAGCAAUGUAUUGUCUCUGGG